AUGUUUCCGUCCUCUUCAAUUCUCAUCGCUAUCUUCAUUGGUGGUAGCGCUGCUACAGUAGAUUUUCAAUGCUGGAAUUUUGAUUCGACAGACAAUAUAAGGGGUGCAUACCGCACCAACAUCAACAACUUGAGAUCAUCUCUUGCAAAAGGGGACGCAACAGGCAAAAAUGGCAAACUCCCUCAAGGAAAGAAUAUCUAUAGAUUGGACUGGGACUGUAUGCUUGAAGUAGAAGCGCAGAAAGUGGUUGACAAAUGCGACGCAACUGCCUCAGCCCCCUCGGAGUUAUCGAUGGUCAUUGCGAGCGUUCCAAUCACCACUUGCGAUCCAAUAACAAUGAUAAAACCCCAAGUCAAUAAGUGGUGGAAUACCGUAAAAAACGCGGCUGUAGACGGCACCAGCCCCACCUACAGUAAUAAAAAGCUUCAUGAUUUCGCAAUGCUGGCCCAUGGAAGUGCUGUAAAACUUGGUUGCGCUCAAAGAAACUGUAACGGAAAACUCGUCAUGGCAUGUAUGCUUUACCCUAAAGGUCCCGAUAAUGGACAACCAAUUUAUGAAAAGGGAGGAGGAUGUACGAAGCCGGACAAUGGCGAUGUCUCAAGUUAUAUCCCAUGCACAACGUACCAGAGCUCCUCAUGUGCCGCAGCAAAGAAGCUGUGUGUUGCUGGAUACAUUGACCCUAGUAAAUCAACUACCACAGCAGCAACGACUAUAUCAGUUGCUACCACACCCACAGGUGGAGGUAGUACAGCGCCAGGAACAGGAACUACUGCAGGAGGAGUUGCAGGAACAAUGUGUCCGCAAAAUUCGCAAAUGUCGACCGAUGACGUUAGAAGAGAAUUCUUAAACGCGCAUAAUGGUUACCGAUCUACGAUUGCUCAAGGUAAAGGAGUAAUGUCAGGUGGCAUAAGAGCUCGUCCAGCUAGCCAGAUGAGAAAAAUGGAGUACGACUGCGAAGCGGAGAAACUUGCAUACAAUGCUGUAUGUGGCACUAGCACGAAUGUCGAAAACCGCAUGACGUUCGCAAAUGCGAACAAAGAUCCUGCUGAGGCAGCUCGACUGGCCGUUCGAAGAUGGUACAAUGAAAUCCAGACAGGCACCAUGGCGCAGCAAGCAGGAGACAAAAACUUGUAUUCUGUAAAUCUUGCCAUUCCAAGGUUUGCAAAGGUGGUUUGGGAAACUAAUGUUAAACUAGGAUGUGCUGUCAGGCAGUGUAAUGGCAAGCUGCGCGUGUUAUGCAUCUAUAGCAAUAGCACAUUUGGUGUCAAUCAACAGAUCUACAAGAUGGGUGGUACAUGCAAUCGUUGUAAAAAUGUUUGUGACAACAAUACGGGACUCUGUCCUUCGAACUGGACUCCAUCGUAA